GCGGAGAGAGGGGCACAGUCCUCGGCUUUUCUGGUUCAACCCGGGUCUUUGGGACGCCCCCAGGCCCCCGAUCCGCCACACCCGAGGUUCAGGGGUUGUCACGUACGUUAAAACCCCUUCAUCCGCUCGUUCCGCGCCUGCCGCACAGGCCUGUUGGCCCUUUCCGGGACCAGGACACUACCACUUCAGGGCCUUCCCAUGGUGUCCCUCUGCCUAGAAGCCUCUGACCCUUCACUUGCAGAGUCAUGUGGAAUGGAACCUCCAUAAUGUUUAAAGUGCCUCCGGUGAUUCCGACCUGUAUCCAGCUUUGAGCACCAAGGCUCUGAGUCCUCCAUGUAUGAAGCUGAGAUCAGCCCAUGAUCCAGAGAGGAUUGACGUCUCAAGACUGAUCUUUGCCUGAGGAAGAAAUCUGGAAGAGGAGGAAGAGGAAAGAACAGAAGUCAGGAAUGGCUCUUUCUCAGGCACUGUUGACAUUCAGGGAUGUGGCCAUAGAAUUCUCUCAGGAGGAGUGGGAAUGCCUGGACCCUGCUCAGAGGGCCUUGUACAGGGACGUGAUGGUGGAGACCUACAGGAACCUGCUCUCCCUGGGUGAGGAUAACGUCCCUCCAGAAGUUGGGAUCUGCCCUAAUAUCUCCAUUAGUUUUAUGACCAAGGAAUUACUAAAGAAGAAAAACAUUAAUAACAGAGAAUUAUACCAACCAGUGGUCUUGGGAAGACAUGGAAGCCAUGGUAUUGAGGAUUUUGACUUCAGCAAAGUCUGGGGAACUGUGUAUGAAUUUGAGAAUAAGUGUGGAUGUGAAGAAAGAAAUUCCAAAGGAGAGCUUAUGACAGAUAACAUAAAUCACACUGGUAGAAAAGAUAAACAAUACAGCAAAUCCUGGAUUAACUUACCUUUAAAACAAAGUGUUCCUUUAAGAAAAAGUGCAUGUCAAUAUUUAAAAAAUAGGAAGUCAUUUAUAAAGAAUUUGUUAAAAAUUAAAAAUAACAUAGUUUAUGCAGGAAACAAGUAUACAGAACAUUUUGAAAAUAGAACUGGAUUAAGCUUUCAGUCAUAUCUGGCUGAAUUGCAGAAAUUUCAAACUGAAGAGAAAAUUUAUGAAUGUAAUCAGGUUGAGAAGUCUGUCAAAACUUGUUCCUCAAUUUCAUCACUUCAAAGAUUUCCUCCUAGUGUCAAAACCAACAUUUGUAACACAUAUGGAAAGGUUUCUUCCUUCAUUCCUAUUUAUCCUUCAUUGCUUACACAGCAACAGAAAACAAACAUUAGAGAAAAAUUAUACAAAUGUAAUGAAUGUGGAAAGACUUUUAUCCAUCAUUCAGUCCUUACUAGUCAUCAGAGAAUUCAUUCUGAGCAGAGACCUUACAAAUGUAAUGAGUGUAGUAAAGCCUUUAAACAGUUCUCAAACCUCACAAGACAUCAGAGAAUCCACACUGGAGAGAAACCAUAUAAAUGUAAUAUAUGUGACAAGGUCUUUAAUCAGAAUUCCCACCUUACAAAUCAUUGGAGAAUUCAUACUGGAGAGAAACCACACAAGUGUAAUGAAUGUGGUAAGGCUUUUAUCAAAUGUUCAGACCUUUGGCGUCAUGAGAGAAUUCAUACUGGAGAGAAACCUUAUAAAUGUAACGAAUGUGGUAAGGGUUUUACCAAACGUUCAUAUCUUUGGGAUCAUCAGAGAAUUCAUACUGGAGAGAAACCAUACAAAUGUAUUGAAUGUGGCAAGGUUUUUAGGCAGUGGUCUACCCUCAGGAUUCACCGAAGAAUUCAUACUGGUGAGAAACCUUAUAAAUGUAAUGAAUGUGGCAAAGCUUUUAAGCAGUGCUCACACCUGACUAAACAUCAGAAUGUACAUCCUGGAGAAAAGCCACACAAAUGUACUGUGUGUGGCAAGGCUUUUAUCCACAUUUCAAGUCUGGUAAAACAUCAGAAAAUUCAUACUGGAGAAAAACCAUACAAAUGUAAUGAAUGUGGUAAGGCUUUCAUCCAAAGUUCAAGUCUUAUGGAACAUCAGAGAAUCCAUACCGGUGAGAAACCUUAUAAAUGUAAUGAAUGUGGCAAAGCCUUCACUGUGCGUUCAAGCCUAACUAAACAUAAAAGAAAUCAUACUGGAGAGAAACCUUACAAAUGUAAUGAGUGUGAUAAAGCCUAUACACAAUUCGUACACCUUACUAGACAUCAGAAAAUACAUACCAAAAAGAAAAAUCAUGAAUCUAAUGUACCUGAUAAUGCUUUUAUUCAGAGCUCAAGCUUGGAGGAUCAUCAGAGAAUUCAUGGUAGAGAGAAACCUUACAAAUGUAAUGAAUGUGGCAAAUCCUUUAACUGGUGUUCACGCCUCACCCGACAUCAGAGGAUCCAUACUGGAGAGAAACCAUAUAAAUGUAAUGUAUGUAGCAAGGCCUUCAGUCAAAACUCAAACCUAACAAUUCAUCAGAGAAUUCAUACUGGAGAGAAACCUUACAAAUGUAAUGAAUGUGGUAAAGCCUUUAAGCAGUACUCAAGCCUCACCAGACAUCAGAAUAUACAUCCUGGAGAGAAGCCACACAAAUGUAAUAUGUGUGGUAAGGCUUUUAUCAAACGUUCACACCUUUGGGGUCAUGAGAGAAUGCAUACUGGAGAGAAGUCAUACAAAUGUACUGAAUGUGGCAAGGCCUUUAGACAAUGGUCUGACCUUAGGAUUCACCAAAGAAUUCAUACUGGAGAGAAACCCUUAGAAAUGUAAUGAAUGGUGUAAAUCAUUUAACCAUUUUAAACAACGGACUAUAAUCAGAUAACUUAUACUAGGGAGACUAAGUCUCUAGUCCUAGAUUAAUCAAUUUCAGAUGUUAAGUUCUUCACACAGUUAUUAAAAGUCAAAAUCAUUUCAAAUUUAUGAAAUGAUGGGUAUUGGUAGAGCAAGGAGAUCGUUGGAAAUGUACCAUUUCCUCUUUUUAAAAAUACUUUUAUCAUAUGAAGUUUCUUGAAAAGGCUGUAUUACUAUUGAUGUUUUUCAACCUGAAAUUUAAAAUUUAUUGAUGUUAUGCCUUCAUCACUUGCUUUUAUGUGUUACCAUGAUGGGCUCUGCUAAGGGAUCAUUAAGAUAAAAGGGUCUACUUGUAUUAGGUGGGGAUCAUUCAUAUUCAUGUUUUCUGAAGGAACAGGACACUGAAUUUUAACAAACAACAUUGUGUUUUUGAAUGAGAGCUUGGGAAAUAUAUGUAAAACAAUGAUGUAAAUCAUAAUAAUUUCAGAUCCUCUUCUACAGAUUUGUUGGUACAACAGAGGACCCACUGGAUUACCAGUGCUCUGCCCAUUGAGGGUGAAACAGAGCAGUCCUUAAGAUUAAGAGACUGAGAUUUUCAUGAGAAUAGGAUGAUAGUUUAAUAGGGACUGCUUAUGUGGUAGAAAUAAUGGAGAAGAAAUGAUGGUCCUCCUCUCUUUUCAAAUAAAAUAGCUGAUGUCAAAGAUGAGAGAGGGGCUUCCCUGGUGGCGCAGAGGUUGGGAGUCUGCCUGCCAAUGCAGGGGACACGGGUUUGAGCCCUGGUCUGGGAAGAUCCCACAUGCCGCGGAGCAACUAAGCCCAUGGGCCACAACUACUGAGCCUGCGCAUCUGGAGCCUGUGCUCCACAACGGGAGAGGCCGUGACAGUGAGAGGCCUGCGCACCGUGAUGGGGAGUGGCCCCCGCUCGCCGCAACUGGAGAAAGCCCUCACACAGAAACGAAGACCCAACACAGCCAAAAAUAAAUAAAUAAAUAAAUAAAAUAAAUUUUUUAAAAAAUGAGAGAAAAUAUAGUCUUAUUCUUAGUAACUGAAGAGAACAAUUAUCAGAAAGGAGAACUUAAUCAAAACACCCAGAAUGCAGUGUACAUGUGUAAGAUUCAUGUUUAACCACUGUAUCACUUUGAUACCAUUUUACUCAAAAUGUGUCAGAGUUGUCAUGUUUCAUUAAUACAAUUUAAUCAUUUUAAAACUCUAAAUGAAUUUUUUUCUAUCUUAUCAAGCCUAUGCCACAUCACUGUGGUACUUCGUAACAAAUACUAACAGUACAUCUUUAGGACGUUAAGGUUGAAAGGCACCUGCAACAAUUUGUUUGCAUGAUGGAAUCAAACAACAUACAAUUUUAUGAAUAUAUAUUCACAACAUCCUUGAGUUAUUCUUUCUACACUCUGCCCCUUGGGUAUUUAUGUGGAUAUGAUUUAAAUACCAUAGCAGUACAACUUUAGACUCUGCCCUCUUUAACAUUUGAAGUACUAUUUGUAAAUGUGCACCAUACGAUUAUAUUUCAACGUGCCCCGUUUUUUGCCUGCAUAAGACCCAUGGCUUGCAAUGCCUUGAUUUAUCAGUACACAAGGUAAAAAAUAACAUAUUAAGCAUAUGAAGUGUUAGGAAGUAGGAAAUUUAAGGAAUAAAGAUAGGAACAGUAUUUUAUUCUUGGAGCUCUUACUGGAGUAAUUUGAAAAGAUCACUGAUCAUAAGUUUCCCCUUAAGAAUGAACAGACUUGGGACUUCCCUGGUGGUGCAGUGGUUAAGAAUCCACCUGCCAAUGCAGGGGACAAGGGUUCGAGCCCUGGUCCGGGAAGAUCCCACAUGCAGUGGAGCAACUAAGCCCAUGUGCCACAACUACUGAGCCUGCACUCUAGAGCCCACGAGCCACAGCUACUGAAGCCCACGUGCCUUGAGCCUGUGCUCCGCAACAAAGAGAAGCCACCACAAUGAGAAGCCAGUGCACCGCAACAAAUAGUAGCCCCCACUUGCUGCAACUAGAGAAAGCCCCCGCGCAGCAACGAAGACCCAACGCAGCCAAAAAUAAAUAAAUAAAAUUAAUAAAAUUUUUUAAAAAAGAACAAACAGACUAACUUAAGGAGGAAAGGUUGGUUUAUUUUGUUUUAUUUAUAGGCCAACUAGGAACUGAACAUAUGGACCCCACCCCCUCAAAAAUAGUUAAUUGCACUUUUGGAUA